UGCCCGGCCCCCGCGAUCGCGUGUUCUUCGGAAGCCGUUUGCUACUGCAGAGUUGCGCGAACUAGUCAUGGUGCUGUGGGAGUCCCCGCGGCAGUGCAGCAGCUGGACACUCUGCGAGGGCUUCUGCUGGCUGCUGCUGCUGCCGGUGAUGCUACUCAUCGUAGCCCGCCCGGUGAAGCUCGCGGCUUUCCCUACCUCCUUAAGUGACUGCCAAACGCCCACCGGUUGGAACUGCUCUGGUUAUGAUGACAGAGAAAAUGAUCUCUUCCUCUGUGACACCAACACCUGUAAAUUUGAUGGGGAAUGUUUAAGAAUUGGAGACACUGUGACUUGCGUCUGUCAGUUCAAGUGCAACAGUGACUAUGUGCCUGUGUGUGGCUCCAAUGGGGAGAGUUACCAGAAUGAGUGCUACCUGCGACAGGCUGCAUGCAAACAGCAGAGUGAGAUACUUGUGGUGUCUGAAGGAUCAUGUGCCACAGAUGCAGGAUCAGGAUCUGGAGAUGGAGUUCAUGAAGGCUCAGGAGAAACCAGUCAAAAGGAGACUUCCACCUGUGAUAUCUGCCAGUUUGGUGCAGAAUGUGAUGAAGACGCUGAGGAUGUCUGGUGUGUGUGCAACAUCGACUGCUCUCAAACCAACUUCAAUCCCCUCUGUGCUUCUGAUGGGAAAUCUUAUGAUAAUGCAUGUCAAAUCAAAGAAGCAUCAUGUCAGAAACAGGAGAAAAUUGAAGUCAUGUCGUUGGGUCGAUGUCAAGAUAACACAACUACAACUACUAAAUCUGAAGAUGGGCAUUAUGCAAGAACAGAUUAUGCAGAUUUGACGGGAACUGGAUUAACAGAAGAGUCAGAAGGCCCAAGUAAAGAUAAAGAAUAUGAGAAUGCUAACAAAUUAGAAGAAAGUGCAAGAGAGCACCACAUACCUUGCCCAGAACAUUACAAUGGUUUCUGCAUGCAUGGAAAGUGUGAACAUUCUAUCAAUAUGCAGGAGCCAUCUUGCAGGUGCGAUGCUGGUUAUACUGGUCAACACUGUGAAAAAAAGGACUACAGUGUACUGUAUGUUGUCCCCGGCCCUGUACGAUUUCAGUAUGUCUUAAUCGCCGCUGUGAUUGGAACCAUUCAGAUUGCUGUCAUCUGCGUGGUGGUCCUCUGCAUCACCAGGAAAUGCCCCAGAAGCAACAGAAUUCACAGACAGAAGCAAAAUACAGGGCACUACAGUUCAGACAACACAACAAGAGCAUCCACGAGGUUAAUCUAAAGGGAGCAUGUUGCACAGUGGCCGGACUACCGAGAGCUGGGACUACACAAUACAGUAUUAUAGACAAAAGAAUAAGACAAGAGAUCUACACAUGUUGCCUUGCAUUUGUGGUAAUCUACACCAAUGAAAACAUGUACUACAGCUAUAUUUGAUUAUGUAUGGAUAUAUUUGAAAUAGUAUACAUUGUCUUGAUGUUUUUUCUGUAAUGUAAAUAAACUAUUUAUAUCACACAA